GUCCAGCAACAGUUCAAAUGGUUUCCCAAAACCGUCCUGCAUCCAUAACAGUGCCGGUACAAGUACCACAGGGCCAAAUGAUGCAGCAAUACGUUAACGAGAACGGAACUUUUGCGCAUGUUGUGCUUUCGCCCCAAUAUCAACAGAUCCAUUCCGGUCAAGGACAUAUGCAUGCACCUUUCAUGCAGGCUGGUGGAUCUUCUCAAUUCUAUCCAACCCUUCCGACGGGAUUUGCUCCUAACCCAGGUGGUGGGCCAGCACAUUUCCACACUUUGACAAGUGGGCAUGUGCAAACGCAACAACUUUCCCAACAUCAAAAAGCGACAACACAACCACAGCAAACUGGAUCUCAAACUUUAUCACAUUCGCCUUCACCUCCCAAUAGUUAUUAUAAAGACGAGCGUACUCAACGACAACACACAAAGUUAUUAAGGAAACUUGAAAAACAACGGGAAAUGAUUAACUCUGCAAACAAUAGCCCAGUCAAUGGAACAAAGAAGCACGAUCACGUUAUUGCAACUUCGGGGGUUCCGCCAUCGGAUACAACUAAUUCAAAUUCUUCUGUAAAAAGUUCGGUUGACAAUGGAUUGGGAGUCAUUCAAAGUGUUCAAAACAUAAACAAAAGUAUAGUCCAACCAAAACAGGAUACAUCUCCACUGCGGCAACCAUUAAAAAAACAAAAUUUACACUCUCAAACUACGCAACGAAAUGGGGGCAUAGCAUCAAAUAUAUCUCAAAGUGGGCUUAGUUAUGGUGUCAAUAUAGCUAGUUCUAAAGGAGACAAAGGAGAGUUUAGUUCAAAUGUCCUCGUGGAUGAGGAAGACCCUCAAGCCUUGAUUAUAGAGCAAUUAUCUGCUAUACAAAAACCGAGUGUAAUUAAUUUAACUUCACGAUCAGCAAAAAUUAUUUGGGAGAGGCCAAUAAUCACUGAUUCACAAAUUGAUACUAGGAAUCUACGUUAUAAUGUGUUGCUUAGUGAUCGUGCUAAGGACGGAAAAUACAAAAGCCUUUAUAAAGGUGAUUCAUAUGACUGUAUAGUACAAGACCUUCAACCAGGUCAGAUGUAUGUAGUUCGAGUUCAGGUAUACUAUAACAAGAUGCAGGGAACAGCUUCUGAGGCAUCUGAAUUCAUGACUCCACCAUGUGAACCAGAUCAGCCAAUGCCACCUAAACUUGUAAUGCGAACGAAGAAUUCGUUGCAUUUGCGUUGGUCGAACCCACCAUCUAAUGGUUCACCCAUACAGCAUUAUUUAUUAGAAUAUGACGACGGUAAAUACGGGCUAUCUUUAUCUACCCGCUCCUCACGUCAAAAUAAUGAGAAUGAUUGUCAUAACUUCGUCGAAGCAACGAAAACAAAAGGCAAGCACUACACUCUUACUAAAUUGCAGCCGUCAACUGUAUACUAUUUUCGUCUGGCUGCCGUCAACGAUGUGGGUAUGUCAUUGUAUUCCACCAUUUGCUCAUACUGUACCUCGAAUAAUCCGCCGAUUGCACCGAAACCUCCUAAACUCCAGAGCAGUAGUUCUACAACUAUUCGCCUUUGGUGGGAACGACGACAACAAGAUGGCGAUUAUGUCUUGCAAAUACUUGAUCCCGAUUCAGGUCAUGGUUACCUAAACGCUUACAAUGGUCCAGAUACGAGUUAUGAAUGUUGUGAACUGCGUCGAGCUACAUAUUAUCAGUUCCGGUUACGUGCAGAAAAUGAAGCAGGCAGCUCUCCAUGGUCCAAUGAGGUUACCUACCAAACAGCUCCUGAAAAACCAGGUAAACCGGGUAAACCACAUGUGAAAGGAAAAAUACAUGGAACUCAUUUUCGAGCUCGUUGGGAUCCACCCAUAGAUAUGGGAGGCGCCGAAAUAAUUCGAUAUUUUCUCGAAAUCACAUCUGGUGCUAAAUUUGAACGUAUUUAUAGUGGUACUGAAACAGAGAGCAUAUGUGAUCGUCUUCAACCAGGUACAACGUACCAGUUGCGUGCGUCUUGUGAAGGUCCUGCAGGCAUUAGCCCGUAUUCUGAUGUGGCCCAUAUUACAUCAGAAGCUUUAGUACCUGCGGCACCUUCGCCACCUUAUUACGAUAGUCCGCCGGGUCCAUAUGCGGCGGUUUUAAGGUUGGAUAAACCUGAAAAUACUGGUGGUGCCCCCAUUUUGGAAUUUGAAGUACAGAUGCGCCAUUCUGUAGAUGAUAAAUACGCUAUUGCGAAUAAAACAAAUGAUUAUUCAAUUGUUUACCAUGGACGGGAUACAUUUUGUGUGGUCAAAGACUUACAACCUGGUUGGCCUUAUGAGGUACAGGUUCGUGCAAUUAAUCGCAUUGGUGCUGGGCCUUGGUCAUCAUGGUUCCGUUUCUCGGCAGCUGCGGCACCUCCGAACACACCCGAAAAUCUAAAUGUCAUAAUCAAGUCGGCGACUCAUUUGCUAGUAAAUUGGGAAGAGCCUAGUAACAAUGGUGCACCUAUUCAGGAAUACUGCUUAGAAAGUUUAACUGUUGAAAAUGAAUCCGAUCUAACUUUUGAAAACUCAUCACAUAAAUCAGCAUACUUACCCUGUUACCAUGGUGGGCAAACGAGCAUCGAUUUGCGAAAUUUAUCUCCUUUUACUAUAUAUUACUUUCGCGUGAAUGCCAGUAAUGCGGCUGGAGUGAGUAAGUGGUCAACAUGUAUACAAGCGCGUACGCCAGCGGCAGUACCUGCUGCGCCACAAAUCAAAGACUGUGAGUUUACUGCAAAAAAAGUAGUAUUAAAUUGGUCGAAACCUGAAUGUAAUGGUGCUUGUAUCACUGGAUAUACCAUUGAAUGUGCAGAAAAAUCAAUUACCACUGCGGAUGCAAAUACCACAUAUACAAUCCACGGUUUAAUACCCGAAACUACUUAUAAAAUUCGUUUGCAGGCUAUUAAUAGCAUCGGUUGCGGACCAUUUUCUUCUUACACUAAAUUUACAACAUUACCUUCACCCCCGCCCCCACCAACACUUGAGUGUACAGGAGUAGGUCAUAACUUUAUAAAAUUAAAAUGGGGUGACGGUAAAAACGUUGAUUUUAUCAAAUACUAUGUAGAAAUGUUUGUACAGCGUGCAAAAGAGUUCCAGAUAGUUUACUCGGGCACAAGUUGUAUGUGUAAGGUGAACAAGUUGCAGGAAAGUACUGCUUACACCUUCCGCGUAUAUGCAAGUACUGAUCGCGCCGGAAUCGGAGAAUUUUCAGACGAAUAUAUUUUCAGUACGACUCCUACUUUGCCGAGCAACAUUAAAGCUCCAAGGGUUGCCAUGGAGGGAGCAGCUGCGUGUUUAUUAACUCACGGUGUCGGCAGUGCAAGUAGUUUCGUUCCAUCCGGGAUUCUUCCUGAAACACCUACAAGUUUUAUUGCCGGCCUAGGAAACCUUUCUUUAGGUGUACCACUUACUCUAGAAUGGCAAAAUUCAAAAAAUUCAUUCAAUGAUCGUGUAGAAUACGUAUUACAGUAUGCAAUUGGUAAGGAUGGUGACUACAGACGGAUUUACAGGGGUCCAGAAACCAAAUUUACAAUUGAAAAUCUUGAGCCGGGAACAAUGUACCAAUUUCGAGUGUAUCCUAUUCGUGUUACUAAAUCUGGUGAAGAUUUAGUUGGCCAAUAUACUUCUGCAUUUCGGUACCAAGUACCACAUCUUGCAGCAUUGGACGAUAUCGAUGGAAACUUAUUAGGAAAUAUGGGCAGCGUUUUUGGAACAAGCGCUAAAGGGAUAAAUAACAGCAACAACGGUUCCAUGAAUUGCCAUGGGCAUUCACACUUAGCUCAUCAUGUUCACAGUUUGCAUACACAUCACUCUCAUAGCCAUACGCACCACAACAGUAGACAAUCAACGUCCAGUCUUCAUCAUCGUUCAGUAAGUGCGUCUGCUGCAAGUCCAAAUGGUUUUAAUGGUCAUAACAACACCAAUAUUAGUGAUAGCAGUAACAAUAGUGGUAGCACUAUAUUAAUCGGUCCUAAUGCCAUUGGCUUAAUACCUUUGAGUACAUCAAUGGCAAAUGAAUUGACUGCAGUGGAAUUUGCUGGUUGUGACGAUCCACUACAUCAUCAUCAUCAUCAUCAUCAUCAAUUUCUUGGUGGAAAUGUUAGUGCAGGAUCUGAUUCCGUAGGAUCUACACCAACUACGACAUCGUUUCUGGCUGCUGCUUCAAAUAAUUUGCUAACAAAUAAUGCGCUAUUAGUACAUGGUAUCGGUUCAUCCAAUCAUACUCAACAUGGUAUAUUACGCCGAUAUAUUACCAAAUUAACUACGAUAUAUACGAACCGAAAACGUUUUACCGACCAGGAAAAAGCAGUUUUAUUUAUGGUUUGCUUUUUGUUUUUUACAUUCAUAUUUGCAACAUUAGUUAAAGCAUUAAUGCGAUAAAUUUUGACAGAAAAUUACUAUUGUGGAAGAAUAUGCAAGCCUUUUCUGAAAACGAAAGCAAUGCAUUUGCGAUUAAAAUGGUGAAUGUGUCGAUGAAUAAAAGCAACCAAUACUUUUUCAAAAAAUUCAACUACCUAAAGCUCAUAUGUUCUAACCUAGGUGUGGAUGUUCAUAUAUGUAUACUGUAUAUAUAUACUAUACAUAGAAAUGUGGUGGAAGUUUAUAACCUAAUUCUCAAUUGAUUCUACGUAAUCUGUUAAAUGCAAUCCUAUUCAACAUUGGAAAUCAAAUUAUAGAAGCGAAAAUACAAUGAUUUCUUUAUAAUUUAAUUAAAAUAUUUAACACAAUUGGCAACUGUGAUAUGCAUAUUUUAGUUAAGUUAAUUUUUCAUAGAGAGUUUAAAUGUUUGAAUUUGUCAACGCUUUCUCAAUUAAAACUGACAUAAAUGAGAUUAAGACAAACUGCAGAAAACCAAUAAAUAUAGUGUUAACUUUAUUUGGUGGUCAAAAGUUUCAAAUGUUAAAUCAUAUGUAUCAAAUUAAUAACAAAAACAUUUUCAAAAAGCUUCAUCUUGCUGUAUCCGUAAUACCAGUAUGAUAAAAAACUUGUUGGUAUGAAGGGAAUUUCUCGUGUAAUACAUUUAUUUACGACUUAUCAUUUUUACCUAUCCUUUUAGCUUAUUUAUAUAAGCAUAACUUUCAGAUCAAUUUGAAUUUAAUGUACAUAUGUUUAAUGAAAUGCGUAAAUAAACUACAACACAUGUGUGGUCUCCGUGUAUACUUAUUAAGUAUUUUAAAAGCCAGGCAGUUAUAAUUAUUAAUUGGAACGUUCGAAAAUGAUUACCACUGUACCUUUUCAAUUAAUGUGAUAUUUGAAUUCUUUAUGUUCAGCGCAUAUUAAAGAUGUUAUUCUCCCUUAAAAUAUAAUAUUCAAAUAGUUUUAUUUCAAAUUUUGAAUCUAAAUUCAUAUUGCUUAUGCUUAUAUUCUGCAUUUUUGGUCGACCGUCAUAUUAUUUUUAUUUAAAUAUCUUCAUACCAUGUGAUAUACGUAAAUCUUGCUUGGUUAUAUAAAUACAUAUACAUAUGUACGCGAGAGACAAGUUUUUAUUUACAUAUGUAUGUCUUUAGGCUCUAAAUUCAAAGGAGGGCUCAAAUUUUUUCUUUACUUAUUUUUUUUUUUGUCUUUUAAAUAACAAGAUAUUUUAUUUAUUUAUUACAUUAAUUCCAGUUCUAAUGUUAAGCCCUGCAACCAUUGUCGAUGUCAACAAUUUACAGAUUCAAGAAUUGUAAACUAUGUAAUACAUGACACGCUGAUAUCUUAAGUUUUUCCAACUUAAACUUUAAUUUUAGUAUUUUUCGACAUAAACUAAUUAUACAUUUUCUCUGAUCAACGAAAAAAGUACUAAAAUAUUUAACAUUUUACUUAAAAUUGAACGCCAUUUUUAUUAUAAGUUUUCACCUAGCUUAGUUUCAGGCUUGGACCAAAAUAAUCAGCAAUGAAUCAUAAAUAUUCGGUUAAUUAUUGUAAAUCAUCAUCUCUUUAAUCCUAUAGAAGUGUUUUUAGGGAUGUGCAUUCACUUUUUAUGAGGACUUUCAUUAUUCCAUAACUAUUUUACUGUUAAUACAAAUGAAAUUUAUAGUAUUUGUAGUAACGAUAAUAGAAAUUAGAAUUUAAUUACUGAUUAAAAAAGGAAGGAUAAUUUAGUAAAAAGUUUAUGUAAAUAUAUAUUUUUUUUUAUCAAGUUUGGGGUAAUGAAUGAACACCUAAGAUUUGUAAACAUCCACUUGUUUACGAUAUAUACUUGUAAUGUUCUAAAAUCAGAUUCUACGAGAAGGAUUUUAAUACAGCUUUAAAUAAUUCCAAAUUAUACGGUAUAUAUAAAUUUGGUUAGCUUACAUAAAUAAAUUGUUUAUUUUUUCUUUCAACUUUUUUCUAGUUUGAAAUUGGAUCCGAUUACCAGUUUUUUUGUACUAAACUUAUUUUCGAAAUUACGAAUAUUUCGCAAAGUAUAUGGAACGUUUUUAAUUGACGACUAACCACUCUACUGGUCAUACAUUUACUAAUAGAAAACGCUGAUUUCGGUUGGCUAAAUAUUAGAGACGAUCUAAAUUAUCAAUCAGUUCAGAAAGCUAAAAUGUUAACGGAUAUAUAGACUAUAAAACUUUAAUUUUGUAAUACAUUAUGUAUUUUCAAAAAAAAGUCUUUGAAGGCGUCAUUAUUUUGUGCAUUUAAAAGUUCAGGUUGAGAAUUGGGGUAAUGAUUGCCUCAUUACGUAUAAAUUAUAAUUUUUUAUUCUUCGCUCCAUGGCUCUUUUAAAAGAAUGACAACACAAUUUUUAAUUUACCUACGAUUACAUACAUCGUUCUAAAUGAUGCGAGCUAAUAUAAAUAUUCGUUUACAAUAAAUACUUAUUUAAAGAUAGUUUAAAAAAUUUAGCAGAAACUAUUUCCUGCUUUACGCAUUAAAAAAAUCAUUUAUUGUUGUCAUUAUACAUACACAGGUGACAUAUAAAUGCCGGUAAAGUAUUUCGUAAUAAUCGACGAUUUAUACAUAAUUAUUGACAAGAUACUUAUUAUAACGUCCUAUAGAGAUUUAUUACAGAUUUAAAAACAAAUGAUAUAUGUACAUAUGUAUGUAUCAAUAUCGUAAAAAGUAAUUAUUUAAAAACAGAUUAUUAGACGCACGGUGGUCACCAAAUUAAAUUAAACAAUUUUCUUAAUUUUUAUUUAUAUAGAGAAUUUAAUCAAAAAUAUAUAUGACUUAUUACGAAUAUUGUAAUAAUUUAUAUACGCCUAUGUAUAUACUUAAACAAAUAUUGGUGUUUGUAUUUUUUAACUUAAAAUUCAGUAAAACUAAAAAAAAUACACAUUUAUUAUUCGCUUAUGGAAUUUUCACUUUUUCGUACCCAUUUCACCUUCUAUAAGAGCUAUUGAAUAUGGUAUUGAUAAAUAUGAGUGAAAAAAAUAAAACAAUGUGCUUUAUUUAGUAAUGGUAUGAGGUGUACUAUAACAAAUAUUAAUCUUUACACUUAAUUAAUUGAUACACAAAAGUCGGAAUAUAAAGAAGGGGGAAGAAGAAAUUUAUGUUAAAGUAUAUAAAAAAUUGUCUGUUUAUUAUCAUUACCAUUAUAGCAUAAAUAAUGCAGAAUAAAAAUAUUUAGACUCUACAUACAUAUAUAAAAUAUUGAAAAUAUAUAACUAAAUAUAUAUAUACAUAAUAAAAAUAUAUUAAUAAAAAAUAUAAAUGAUUCGGUUGUCUUAAUUUUUCAAAAUAACUUCUGUUAGACGAUCUGCACAUAA